UUGGCGACCCGGGGAUCCGUGGGGAACAGGCAGAGGGCGGGCCGAGGCGGGGCCCCGGGAGAGCUCGAGAAAGAGGGCGGGGCCCGCAGUGCUGGCGGGCGGGCAGAGUCAGGAGGGCUGGGCCCACGGGCGGCGGCGGCGCUGGAGUAGGCUGUGGCGGGGGUGCAGGCGCCAUGGAGGCCGAGCUGGGGCCGAAGAACCCUCCCAAGGAGGGCGCGCGGGCCCUGGCUGAGUUCGCGGCGCUGCACGGCCCCGCGCUGCGUGCCUCGGGGGUCCCCGAGCGGUACUGGGGCCGCCUCCUGCACAAGCUGGAGCACGAGGUUUUCGACGCUGGGGAAGUGUUUGGGAUAAUGCAAGUGGAGGAGGUGGGUGAGGAGGAGGAGGAGGCAGCAGCAGCACAGGAGGCACGGAAGAAGCAGCCCAACCCGGGCAGCGAGCUGUGCUACAAGGUCAUCGUGACCAGGGAGAGCGGGCUCCAGGCAGCCGACCCCAACAGCAUCUUCCUCAUUGACCACGCAUGGACGUGUCGCGUGGAGCAUGCCCGCCAGCAGCUGCAGCAGGUGCCAGGGCUGCUGCACCGCAUGGCCAACCUGAUGGGUGUGGAGUUCCACGGAGAGCUACCAAGUGCGGAUGCUGUGGCCCUGGUUCUGGAGGAGAUGUGGAAGUUCAACCAGACCUACCAACUGGCCCAGGGGACUGCAGAGGAGAAGGUGCCAGUGUGGUACAUCAUGGAUGAAUUUGGCUCAAGAAUCCAGCACGCGGACGUGCCCAGCUUCGCCACCGCACCCUUCUUCUACAUUCCCCAACAGAUGGCCUACACGCUGCUAUGGCCCCUCCGGGACCUGGACACAGGUGAGGAGGUGACCCGGGACUUUGCCUAUGGAGAGGCAGAUCCCCUGCUCCGGAGAUGCCUGCUGCUGCCCUGGGCCCCUGCCGACUUGCAGGACUUCAGCCCCGCCACACCUGAGCCACCUGCUGAGUACUACCAGGCCAUUUUGAAGGAGAACAAGGAACAGUUGCCACUUGGCGUCAGUCCAGUGGUUCAUCCCUCUGACCACGUCUUUAGGGUCUACACAGACAUGCAGCAGGUGCUCAAGGGCCUGACUCACCCGCGCUUCACCUUCACCCAGAGUGAGGCAGAUGCCGACAUCCUCUUCAGCUUCUCCCACUUCAAAGACUACAGGAGACUCAGCCAGGAGAGGCCAGGUGUGCUAUUGAACCAGUUCCCCUGUGAAAGCCUGCUGACUGUGAAGGACUGCCUGGCCUCCAUCUCGCGCCGGGCCGGGGGCCCUGAGGGCCCCCACUGGCUGCCCCGAACCUUCAAUCUGCGCACCGAGCUGCCCCAGUUCAUCAGCUACUUCCAGCAACGGGAGCAGAGGGGUGAGGACAACCACUGGAUCUGCAAGCCUUGGAACCUGGCCCGCAGCCUGGACACCCAUGUCACCAAGAGCCUCCAUAGCAUCAUUCGGCACCGAGAGAGCACCCCCAAGGUUGUGUCCAAGUACAUUGAAAGUCCCGUCUUGUUCCUUCGAGAGGAUGUGGGCAAGGUCAAGUUCGACAUCCGCUACAUCGUGCUGCUGCGGUCAGUGAAGCCCCUGAGCUUGUUCGUGUAUGACGUGUUCUGGCUGCGGUUCUCUAACCGGCCCUUCGAGCUCAAUGACCUGGAUGACUAUGAGAAGCAUUUCACAGUCAUGAACUACAACCCAGAUGUGGUGCUUAAGCAGGUGCACCAUGAUGAGUUCAUCCCAGAGUUUGAGAAGCAAUAUCCAGAAUUUCCCUGGAAGGACGUCCAGGCAGAGAUCUUCCAGGCCUUCACAGAACUGUUCCAGGUAGCCUGUGCCAAGCCACCACCCCAGGGCCUGUGUGACUACCCCUCUUCCCGGGCCAUGUAUGCUGUCGACCUCAUGCUGAAGUGGGACACCCAUCCAGAUGGGAAGCGAGUGAUGCAGCCGCAGAUCCUAGAGGUGAACUUCAACCCUGACUGCGAGCGAGCCUGUCGAUAUCACCCCACCUUCUUCAAUGAUGUCUUCAGCACCCUGUUUCUGGACCAGCCCAGCAACUGCCACGUCACUUGCCUCAUCUAGGCACUUGCUGUCCUUGCACCCUGUGCUUGGGGGGUGCCUCCCACCUCAGUUCUCUGAGCUGCUUCUGAAAGGCCCCACACUUCCCCUCUCUUCCUCCCUCCGGUCCCAGCGCCAACCCCAGCCCUUGCCCCUCUGUCCUCCUUAGCCAUGGCUCUGGCCUCACACCCUGGGAGUUCAGGGUCCUUCUCCUGCCCCUAGAGCAGCGGUUCUCAACCUGUGGGUCACGGCCCCCAGGAACUGUAUUGAAGGGCCAUUGCAUUAGGAAGGUUGAGAACCACUGCUCUAGCGGGUCCAAGCAGGACAGACAGUGGUGAUGUCCCCAGGGCCAGGCGCUGACCCAGUCACCUCCAAUCUCCACCAUCUGUUGGAUCUGACCUCUGCCAAGGCCUUUCCUCCUGGCAUCAGGAGAGUGUGUCUGGGCUGCCAGGUUUCCAGAGGGUCGUGGGAGGGUUCCGAGGGGCAAGCAGGAUUGUGCGGCUGGGGCUGGGGCUGGGGGGCGGGGGGGGUAAUUCCAGACUCUUCAGAUAUCAGAGCCUCACACUCUGCCUGCAGGGCUUUGUGUCAGGUGCCCCAGAACAGCCUAGAGAAACCACCGGCCAAAGCCCUCUUAUCCUUCCCCAGCUGACCAGAACCUUCACCAGCAAACCUCUGCUGAUUUCCAGGCAGGAGGGACAGCACCUUUUGUUAUCAUUUCCUUUCCGUUCCCCAGGGGUCCCAGACCCCAACAGGGACACUCUUGUCCUGUUAGAAUCCUCACCAGGCACUCUGCUGGGGCCAUCUGGAGGUGGGGGUGUCGGGGCCAAGUGUGGGUGGCCAGAGGAUGAUUCCAAGGAGAACUUGAUGUUAGAGUCAGACUCCAGUUCCUACCAGGGUCCAGAGUCAUAUUGUUGGCUUUGUGUUGUUUUUAAUUUGUGGGAAGAAAAUGUAAAGUUCUAGUUCUUUCCUAAUUUUGUUUCUGAAAUUUGGAGUCAGCUGCCAGUGUUUUUGUGUGGCCACAGCACACCUGGGCCCCACUCGUGGGCAGGGGGUGGGCCUGACUACUCAGGCAGGUGGACACUCUCCAGAGCCUUAUGGUUUGCAGGAAGGCAGGGCUAGAGAUAGUGGUGUUUCAUUUUUGAAGCUAAAAGUGGAUCUUUCAUGUAGCAAAACUGCACAUAGUUGUUUUGCCUGUCCCCUCGGUGUCUGUCUGGGUGACCACCACCCUCUGUUAAGGAGAGCCUCGCCCUCCCUAGUGGCAGCUGGGCCCAGCCUGUUGUACUUGGGAGGGCAGGCACCUGGCCUGUUUCCCCAGGAGGGCUGCUCUCCUGUGGUCCCCUCUCACUGGAUUUAUGCUGCAAUAAAAGACGCCUUCUCUCA